UAUAUUUGGUUACGAAGGUAAUAAAAUGCCUGGAAUGCUGAUGUUUCUUCCUGCAAGUGAAGAUAAAUUCUUUUACACAUGCUGCAAGAAUGUAUCGAUGCAACCAGCACAUAACAGAAAAGAAGAGGAAUCCAGUAACUCUUUGCGAAGGCCAGAAAAAGAAGCCAUAUUUGAGAAGAGAAGUGAUCCACGUGUGCAGUCGACGUGUCACCAUCAGGAGGCCUUCCCUCCUUCCACCACAAACCCCGCAGAGUCGCAGACCUCCCGCCUCGGCUCCGCCUCUUCCUCCUCCCCCCUAACCCUAAGCUCUCCCUCGUCGCCGGCGAUGAGCAGCCUCCGAGCCAUCUCCUCCCUCCUCCACAUAUAUUCCUCGUCCUCCGCCGCAGGGCGAGGCGGCAGGCAGCUGGGAUUCGCGCCGGCGCUCGGCGGGAACUUCCGGGUCCCGUCGAGUUCGGGGCCGCCCGCGUUCGUGCUCGACGAGGUCGCAAGGGCGGCCUGCGGGGCGCGGAGGAGGGCAUCCACGCGCGCGGCGAGCUGGGAUUCGGAGAAGUCGCCGUACGAGACGCUUGAGUUGGGCAGGGAUGCAGACGAGGAGACCAUAAAGACAGCAUACAGAAGAUUGGCUAAGUUCUAUCACCCUGAUGUUUAUGAUGGCAAGGGAACCCUUGAGGAAGGGGAAACUGCUGAAGCCCGUUUCAUCAAAAUCCAAGCAGCAUAUGAGCUGCUGAUUGACAAUGAAAGGAGAAAGGCAUAUGAUAGAGAGCAUCAUGUGAAUCCAAUGAAGGCUUCUCAGGCAUGGAUGGAGUGGGUAAUGAAGAAGCGAAAAGCUUUCGACCAACGUGGUGACAUGGCCGUGGCUGCCUGGGCUGAGCAGCAGCAACGCGAAAUGACGCUACGGGCACGGCGCCUCUCACGCUCAAAGGUUGAUCCUGAGGAGGAAAGGAGGCUAUUUGCCAAGGAAAAGAAGGCAUCUAUGGAAUUCUACAGCACAACUCUGAAGAGACAUACCCUCGUCUUGCGGAAGAGGGAUAUUAUGCGCAAGAAGGCAGAGGAAGACAGGAACAAGGAGAUCAGUAGACUUCUAGCGGCUGAAGGGCUUGAGCUGGAUACUGAUGAAGAUGAAGACAAAAACUUUUUAGGGUAACACUUUUGAUACUUACCCCUGAUUUAAUUAUCUUUCUCCAUUCCAGCAAUAGUUGAAGAUCCAGUGACAGUACACAAGGCAGAACCGCAGAAGAAUUGGUCUCAUUGGGAACCUUGGAGUCUGGAGAUGUACAUGGAGAAAUGUUGUAUCACAAUAUUAUCCUCUUAGUGCGAAGUUUGGUAUUACCUGGGGAAUAGGAAAGGAAAGGUAAAUGGAGUAAAAUCCAUCGGCGUUAGGUCUGUAGCAGGACUGAUGUAGUAUUCAAGCAAAAUUUAUAAAAGCACCAUCUUGAAAUGUAAACGCCAUGGGACAGAUAGUGUACGGUAUACCUGGAUAGAUGUUGAGGUGUUGCUCUCCAAAUUGUUGACUGUAAUGUAUCAAUACGUGUACACCACAGUUAUCAUUGCUACUAAAAAUAAAUAUCAUAAACAAAUCUCGAUGGCAA